AUUAAUAUUGGAGGUGUGGUUUGUUCAACUCAACACGCCAUAGUCGACUCGAGGAGCCUCUAGAUAGUUUUGAUACGCGGCAGUUUAUUUUUGUUUCAUUUCAUAUGAUUGGCAGACGGUUUCUUCUCAUUUGUUUCCUGCUUCUCUUACAUCUUGUUCAUUUCACUACCCCAACACCAGGCUACAAGUGUAGAUAUGAUCACUAUGAACUGAGAAAUGGAACUCUAGACUGCUACACACUUGUGUCACGUCCAUUGACUUUCUUUCAAGCGAGAGAUCAAUGUGAAUUAGAAGGAGCUCUCGUGGUGAUCAUCACAAACAGAAACGAGAAUGAGUAUGUGAAAGGAUUUCUUGCUGGAGCUCUAUCAGAUGAGUUUUGGAUUGGAUUGACAGACGAUAGAAUGGAAGGGCAAUACGAAUGGCUGAACGGGGACAAUAUUCAAGGAGAUACUAAGUUCAGAAAUUGGGCAACAGGAGAGCCUGACAACAGUAACAAUCGAGAUUGUGUUUUGUUGUCACGUGAGGGUUGGACAGUGGCUACAGGUGGCUGUGCUGCAACGACGGCUAGUUAUAUGUGUGAGCAGAUAGCUUGUAAAACUACAGAUAACAAGUACUGUGUAGGAGAAGAACCAGAAAGUCAGACAAGUGACAACACAGCAGUUAUUGUGAGUGGUGCCCUGGUUCCAAUCAUUUUGAUUGCUGUCACUUGCAUUAUUUUGUGGUACAUUUGGAAGUAUCAGAAUGACUUUUGGUCCAAGUACAUCUGCUUUCUUUGUCAUCUACAAUCAAAAGACUCCGUGUCUUCAUUAGAGAAAGAAAAUCAACGUCUACGACAUGAGCUGUCUCUACGUCGAACAGUCAGCGACAUACAGAAAGACUAUGGGCGAAACAACUCUCUUACAAGUGGAUUGUUUCUUCCGUUGGCUCGUUCACCAGACCCAAUGCCUGCCAUUCCAGAUGGACAAGGUGGGAUGCUGCCUUCCAUAAAAUCACAAGUUCAGAACUUACCAGAUGGCAAGCCACAGCCUCCUCCUUUACAGAGACAGACGAGUCGGAUCUCUAACAACAAAGUGACUCCUUUAGCUGUGCAACAGAAACCGUAUAAUACAGAUCAAUACACAAAUCGUGAUGGCUCUCAUUCGUUUAGUCCACCAUCACCUCCAUUUGCUGUCCCUAUGUCUCCUCCUCCAACAACAGAGAGGAUCAACAUUCCUGCAUCCUUUGCAUCUGCUCUGGCUAAGAACCAAGCAACCCAAGAUUAAUUUCUUUGUUAUGUUAACCUAUCAUUAUCAUUGCCCACUAACAAUUCUGUUGCAAUCAUUACAGCAGUUUGCAAUGCAUAGAAAUUUUUGCAUUUUUUACAUAUUUUGUUAGAUUAAUGAAAAGAAAGUUGAGAAUGA